AUGUCUUACUUUUUUAAAAACAAUAGAACACUUAAAAAAGCUAACAGUUAUCUUAUCUAUGUUAAUAUAUCAGAUAACUGCAUAUAUGACAUAUCAGAUAUAAUAAUAGAAUAUAAUACAACAACCAAUAAAGUAACUAUCAUAUGUGAUGAUCUUCCUGAAGAUAUUAAAUCCAGAAUGUUAAAAUAUUUCAAGGGUGAUAUCAAUCAAUUUAUCGUUUACAUUGAAGAAAACCUUGAAACUUUUUUAAGCGGAAAGGAGCCAGAGGUAAAAUUAGAAUCUCAUUCUUUAACUUUCGAUAAAUGCGUUUUAGAAGACAAGAUUACAUCUUUACCUGAUAAUUAUGUGUAUCCUACGCAAAACGUAAAUAUAAACAUUUUACAAUAUGAAUUGUCGAAAAAAAAUAUAUACUUUUUUAGUGCUAAAAAAAUUUAUUUACAAGUAAACUGUAAGAAAUGUAAAGAAUCAUGUGAAAUAAAAGAUCUUAAAACAUGUAAAUGUGGGACUUUAUUGAAAUGUAAUUUUAUUCCAACACUAGAUGCUGAAAAGUUAGGCAGUCUUUUUUUCGAAAAUUGCACAUUUUGUCAUUUAAAUCCUUCAAAUUUUCAAUUUAACUGUGCAAAUUGUUUUUCAAACUAUCAAAGUAAUAAAAUUGGGCUUAAUACUAAAUUUCAAAUGAGUUGCUGGAAAUGUAAUACUUUUUUGACAUUUUGUAUAAAAAAAACGACUUUUUUAGAAAAAAAAAAUAUGACAUUUAAGGUUGGCACAUCACUACCGUAUAAUGGCACAUGUAAACAUUACAAAAAAUCUUAUAGAUGGUUUAGGUUCUCCUGUUGUCAAUCUGUUUAUCCAUGUGAUAUUUGCCAUGACUUAGAAAACACUCAUCCUGUACAAGUAGCUAAUAAAAUGAUAUGUGGGUUUUGUUCUAAAGAGCAGUCAGUUAAAAGUGAUUGUACUUGUGGAAUGGAUUUAAAGAAGAGUACUGCAUUUUGGGAAGGUGGAAAAGGUUCUCGUAAUAAGGCAACUAUGAGUCGUAAAGACAGUAAAAAAUACACAAAAUAG